AGGUACUGCGAGAAUCUGAAGAAGGCGGGCACGCGCUUCGUCCUGCCCGACCGGCACGAGGAGUACGACUGGCUCGCCUUCCCCCUGCUGUACCACGACAGGAAGGGCGUGCUGCAGUACCUGGAGAGCAACGACGUGCAGAUCCGCGUCUUCUUCGCAGGGAACAUCACGCGCCACCCGGCGUACCGCCAGUACCUGAAGUCGUUCCCCGGGGCCGACAGGGUGAUGAAGGAGGGCUUCCUGAUCGGCGCGCACCACGGCCUGGAGCUCGAGGACAUCGACCGCGUCUGCGAGCUGCUUAUCGAGUACGACAAGAAGAACGGCGCGGUGGAGAUGGCCGCUACGCUCGACACCAACCUGAAGGAGAGAGACUCCGUCACGCUGGACUUGUGAGCAGGUCCAGGUCUCAGCUCGUCUUUCUCCGACCUCCUCCCUUGUCUUCUUCGCAGCGCCCCCCAGGUUCUCGCUCGGUGGCUCUGGCCGCCAGGGGGAGAGGGAGGGGGUAGUGUUGCACACGCUGCCACGCUCCCGCGUUUCAUUUUCCAAGUAGGGCCAGGCGCGUCGUACAGCAGCGCCUUUGUUAUUUUUCUCACCGGUCGCUGAGGGAGGAGUCGAGGCAGGCGGCGCGAGCGAGUCGGCGGGCGCCAUGCGGGCCUGGUGUCAACGCCAGCACGAUCGGCUGCUCGACCAGUGCAGCGGUGCCACAGCGGAUUCAGCUGUAUGUCGCGACAGCGACCAGAAGGCUGCGUGGUCGGACCUUGUGCCGCAACCCGUGCCUCAGAAAAAAGCCCCCCUCGACAGUCGGAGGAA